AGCAAAUCACUUUUUUACCUUGCUGAGUACCGCCCCCUUCUCUCUCCUCCCGCCUCCUUCCUUUGGGGGGAAGGCGGGGCCAGAGGCCUGAAGUGUGGGGAGAACUUGGGGCUCCGCUCUGCUAUAUGAAAUAUGGGAGACGACAGACCGUUUGUGUGCAAUGCCCCGGGCUGUGGACAGAGAUUUACAAACGAGGACCACCUGGCAGUUCAUAAACACAAGCAUGAGAUGACAUUGAAAUUUGGCCCAGCCAGAACUGACUCAGUCAUCAUUGCAGAUCAGACUCCUACUCCAACUAGAUUCCUGAAGAACUGUGAGGAGGUGGGACUCUUCAAUGAACUAGCCAGCUCUUUUGAACAUGAAUUCAAGAAAGCUGCAGAUGAAGAUGAGAAAAAGGCUGCUGCUGGGCCCCUUGACAUGUCUCUCCCUUCCACACCAGACAUCAAAAUCAAAGAAGAAGAGCCAGUGGAGGUUGACUCAUCCCCACCUGACAGCCCAGCCUCUAGCCCCUGCUCCCCGCCACUGAAGGAGAAGGAGGUAGCCCCGAAGCCUGUUGUGAUCUCUACCCCCACACCCACCAUCGUCCGUCCCGGCUCCCUGCCUCUCCACUUGGGCUAUGAUCCACUUCAUCCAACCCUUCCCUCCCCAACCUCCGUCAUCACACAGGCUCCACCAUCUAACAGGCAAAUAGGGUCUCCCACCGGCUCCCUCCCUCUCGUCAUGCAUCUUGCUAACGGACAGACCAUGCCUGUGCUGCCAGGGCCUCCGGUACAGAUGCCUUCUGUUAUAUCGCUGGCCAGACCUGUGUCCAUGGUGCCCAACAUUCCUGGUAUCCCUGGCCCACCAAUUAAUAGCAGUGGUUCCAUUUCUCCCUCUGGCCACCCUAUGCCUUCAGAAGCCAAGAUGAGACUAAAAGCCACCCUAACCCACCAAGUCUCCUCACUCAAUGGUGGUUGUGGAAUGGUGGUGGGGACUGCCAGCACCAUGGUGACAGCUCGUCCAGAGCAGAGCCAGAUCCUCAUCCAGCACCCUGACGCCCCAUCCCCUGCCCAGCCACAGGUCUCACCGGCCCAGCCCACCCCUAGUACCGGGGGUCGCCGGCGACGCACAGUGGAUGAAGAUCCCGAUGAGCGGCGGCAGCGUUUUCUGGAGCGCAACCGGGCUGCAGCCUCCCGCUGCCGCCAAAAGCGGAAGCUGUGGGUGUCCUCGUUGGAGAAGAAGGCAGAGGAACUCACUUCUCAAAACAUUCAGCUGAGUAAUGAAGUCACAUUACUACGCAAUGAGGUGGCUCAGUUGAAACAGCUCCUGUUAGCUCACAAAGACUGCCCGGUCACUGCACUACAGAAAAAGACUCAAGGCUAUUUAGAAAGCCCCAAGGAAAGCUCAGAGCCAACGGGUUCUCCAGCCCCAGUGAUUCAGCACAGCUCAGCAACAGCCCCUAGCAAUGGCCUCAGUGUUCGCUCUGCGGCUGAAGCUGUGGCCACCUCGGUCCUCACUCAGAUGGCCAGCCAAAGGACAGAACUGAGCAUGCCCAUACAGUCGCAUGUGAUCAUGACCCCACAGUCCCAGUCUGCGGGCAGAUGAUGCCUCCCCUGGUGGAGAGGUCCCCAGCCAGAGCUCGCCCGCCCAGGAACCAAGAGAGAUGUCAUCUUAUCCCCUCCCGUCUGCCUUGGACGUGGCAGUGUGGGGAGAACUUGUACGUUGUGAGUAAUGGACAGAUGUGGGGCUUUUCUCUUCAGCUACAGUCAUGUACGUUUGACACCUGUACUAGGGGCCAUCUAGCCCCAGAGCCACAUCAGUCAUCCCCCCAAGAGUGGAGUUUCUGACAUGCCCACAUCCCAGACGGUCUGAACAAUCACCCCCACCCCAUGCACGUGUACCUGUCUCUUUUAACACUAACCCUUACGCUCCUAGGUUUGGGGGUUCUCGGUUCCCUCUCCUCCCACGAAGCCAUAGCUGUUACUGUCUUGUUCUUUCCCAGCAUGCCACUUCCUGCUAGACUGAGGGAAGCUAGACUGAUGGGCUAUCACCCACUGACCCAUCCCCAGGACUCAGGACUUUGUCUCCCAGCAACUGCUUAUCCCUCUUCCCCUUUCUAAAUUCUAGUUAAAACAUUCACUUACAGAAAAUGUAAGGUUACUUUUAAUGUAUGAAGUAGCAAUAUUUUCUAGCUCUUCCAUAAGCUUUAUUCCUUCUCCCUACCUGUCACCCCCUCCCACCAAAAAAAGGAAAAAAAAAAAGAAGCCAAAAGACAGAAAUGAACAAACCCCCAAGAGUUCUAGUCCUUUUUUUUAUCCAUUUCUAGAGGUAUUUGGGUACCUCAUUUUGUCUCUUGACUUUACCUAGUCUAGUGGUGGUGUCUUCUCACCUCCCCACUAAGCCUUGGCAACCUCAUCAUGUGGCCUUAUUGUUAGAUGUCACUUGAUAGUGCAAAGGGAAGAGCCAGGAUCUGACUGGUGGACUCCCAGCAGCCCCCAAUCCUCCGAUUCUAAUCAUCAGGGCAGGCAGGAAUAGUAUAGUUAAAUACUCCUUUCAUCAAGUUACUCGAUUACUUGAUCCUUUAUGUUUUGCAAGAGUUUACUGGCCAAAAGAUGCACAUCAUCAUUGGCCGUCCUCCUCCUGCCUCUCCCUCCCUCAUCCACAUUACUGCCUCGGUCUCUCUUCUAUAACUCGUUCUGAUGAGGAGGCUGUCAUGCAGGCCAGCCUCACACAUCUGUCUUGUUUCCUGAGCUAGGGUCUUGUAUUCACAAGUGCCCAUCACCCUCUGGGCUUCCUUCUUUCUCUUUCCAGGUUCCCAGCCACGCCACUGAGUCUCCCUGGUCUGUGGAAUUUCUCCAACUCAUUUCUGCUCUCCACCCGCUAAAUGCAGAGCUUCUCCACAGUAGAAGCUCCAGGACUCUGAAGCAUCGUAGCCAAGGUCCUGAGAGGGUUCUAGAGAGUGUAAGGUUGGGUGGAGAGGAAGGGUGAGGAAGGGCAUGCAGUGCUAAUCUCAGCAGAGGAGCUCAGGGUCUGGCUUGCCUGGGAAUUCGUAACUGUUGCUCUCAGAAGAGUUAGGUUUUAGGAGCAGAAAUUCAUCCCUCUUGUCCUCCUUUCUUCCCCGUUAGGACUUUCUGUCUUCCCUUGGCUCUGAACUGCGCAGUUUCCACAAGGCCAUAGGUAGCAGCCCAAAGCCAGAGGCCUGGGGAUAGAUGGGUCAGCUGUAAUAACUCCUUCAAUAUGAAACCCUUCCAGUUGUUGCAGAGCCACCUUCUGCCAUCUGCCCAAGCCAAGAGUGUCCUUUUCUCAGUCUCUCCUACCUCCAUCUUAAACACACACACAAAAUAACUGCCAGCUUCCCAUUUUGUCUUCCAAAAUUGGCUGUCAGAGGGAAAUGAGGAAGUGUUCUAAGCUCAAAGAUCCCCACCUCCUCAGAGUGAUACACCAAGGAACAGUCAUUUGACAUGUUCCACUGCGUUUGCUUUAAAUUUCCCCUCCUGCUUUUCAGAGCCGGUGCUGAACAAGCCACCCUGGUAGAGGCAGAGGACCGAAAACCUGGCUUUCUCAUCCUCUGUCACCAGGGAUCCAGCAGGAACAGCCCCUGCGGUGAUGCAGACUAGCAAAUGUCAUGGCAGAUGGUCAGGACGCAGGUCACCACCUCCAGGGACUUUCAGUUGCCUUUAAAAAUUCACAGCCAUAACUUGUGCUCAGGACUUCUCCUUCAGACAGCUGCUCCCUAGGAUUUUCUUCUGCUUUAAGAGUUUUGUUUCAUUUUUUAUUGUCUUGAUUUCCCUCUAACAGACGUGCCCUAAAGCUUGACUGAAUUAAUGGCUCCUAAGGAGCUUUCAUAGGACCCUUGGCUAUUUUUCUUCUCCCUUCAGUCAGGUGUUUUAAAGUUAGGAAUCAGUUUACUGCAUACAUGUCCUGUCAGUCUGUCCUUGUGUUGCAUGGCUAAUUUAUGUAGAGGGUCUUUUUCAGCUUCUUACCUCUCAUGUCUCAUUCUCUUGACUUCUUUCUUCCUUGUCAUCAAGUGGGACAUCAGUACUGGGGACCCAGGUGAGUAGCAUUGCCAGAAUGUUGUAAAGGGCAUUCAUGUAAGGAAGGGGUGAGACAGCAUGUCCCAGACAGUUCUGCAGGUGGUCCUCGGUCUCACUAAAAAGCUGAAGCUUCUCUGUGAUCAAGGGGAACGUCACUUACCAGGCCGUCGCUGCCACUGUGGACACUCUCCUCUGAUCUUUGCCAUCCACACGUAUCUGCACCACAACCAAACAUCACAGAGGGUGACAGGUCUUAGGACCAUGGUCUUUCUGCAGGCCUGAGAGAGGAUACUUUCAGAAAGGAACUGAGAGUAUAGGUGUCUUGGGAUUCUUCUGAGUGAAUACAAGACCCGGGCCUCACACCUCACUCCAAAAACAUAGCCAGCUGCCAGAUACCAAGGCCACAGAGAAAGGGCUCAGAGCCAGGCCUGAUCUGUAUGCUCUCUGCCCCAGCCCCUUAAAGAAAGCUUGCUUAGACUUGCGAGGUCUGAGAAAGCCUCCCACUCUGCUGGACAGGACUAGAAAGAGUGGUCCCUCCUGUACUUAUUCUUUCCCAGUUGGGUAUAUCCCCUAGUCUGGCUCCUCCAGCCUCCACUCCCCUCCUUGGGCCUAUGCAGAGACCAUAAAUAAUAGGCGGUGGCUAAAGAGGAGCCAGCUAGCUGAGCCUCACCUUGCUGCCUUCCUUCUCCCUCAUCUGUUCUUGGCUCCGUUCUUACCCCCUGCCCCCAGCACCAGCCAUCCUGGCAGAUGGAGUGCUGUACCGUAACAUGCACUGUCCACGGCUCACAUCACCAGAAGACACCAAAAAGCUCUUCUCUGGGUUCCACACUGAGAGGCUCCCUAAAGGUGCUAGCCCCUGAGACAGCUCUAGCCACCAAAAUGUUCCCUUUCUUUCACAACUUCUUUCCCAUCCCCAAAUCAUUAUUUUUCAUUAAUACUGUACAUUGUAUAUACAGGAAGGAAAUUUUUUUUAGCUGCAUAACCAAUCUGUUUAGAUCCCAGUCCUCCUCACUGUAUCACAUAUGUCUUUGUUGAUAUGCUCUUUCUGUUUUCUUUGUAAUUAUGUUUGAUGGGUUGGAACCAUGUGGAGGAACAGGACAGGUAAUCAGAGGACCCCCUCGCCCCUGGCCUCUCACAGCCUUCAUCAUCCCUCUCAUCGUAUAGAACUGAUCUCUCUUUCUGCACACACACAUACACACACGCACAGACUAAGUCCCCACCCCAGGGUGUGACCCAGCAGGAGUGAGCGUAGAUAAUUGCUGGCCGUCUACAUCCCCACCCUGUACCGGUUGGACUGUCUCUCUCUGGGGUCAAGUUCUACCCGAGACGAGAGGCUGGGGAGAGGUGGAGGGCAGGUUAAGGCAGUUUGUCCGGUAUGGGUACAGGUCUGUGUUGCAGCUCCUUGGGCUAGUUUUACCUUUGUAACGGGGCUGGUAGCACGCAGUAUCUCAGCAGCACUGGCCGCCGAUGAGGGCUGUCUGCGCUGCAGGAAGCGGCUCCGAGCACCCGUUGCCUCAGCUUUCCCUUAGGGCUAUGGUUCUCAGAACAUGGUCCAGGAUAAACAGCACCACCAUCACCUGGGAGCUUGUUAGAGAUGCACAGUCUCGGGCACACCCCAGACCUGCGGAAGCCGGAACAGAACAGAGGUGGUCUUUAACAAGCACUCCAGGUGAUGCUAACGCACACUAGAGUUUGAGAACCAUCGCUUUAGGGAAAUUCCCGCAGGGUGUUGAGGAUAUCUUACACACCAUCCUCUGCCUUAGCGCUAACAUAUUUUUCCAUUUCUCUCCAGUCCUUCCCUCCAUUCCCACUAAAAGAACACCGUGUCACUCAUCUCAAAAUCUAGGUUUGUCUUUCUCUAGUCUUGUCCCUGCGUCAGUGUGGACAGGAGUUGUCCCAUAUCCCCCUGUAGGCUGGUCACUCCACAUCCUUUGUUAGGUUAAGGACCGAGCUUCCGCUGACCCGUUCCUCUCAGCACACACACACCUUGUACACAGGGAGGAGAUGAGCCUCCAGCCCCACAGCGGAGGCUGCUGCAUCCUGACAUAGUAUCUGUUGGGAAGGAAGCAGUGUGUAUCUAUGAUUAUAUCUCUGUUCAUCUAUAUAUUUUUGACAUGUAGUAACACCUCUCCAUCUCAUCAAGGAACUUGACUCUGGGUCUGGGUCACCCCAGUCCUCAGUGGUGGACUUUGACAAGGGGGGAGGAUGCAGUGCUACAGGCUAUUUUGUUACAAAACCGUCUUUUCCCUUUUGCCCUCCUUCCAGUUCAGCAUGACCCCUGUGAGCAGGCUCUCACAACCUUCCGGGACGGGGCUGAGGCAGGGGCUUAGCUCUAUUUUCCCUAACCGUCCCUUCUUCCUUCCCCCUUGCCACUUAGCAAUCGCCCUCCCCCAGCCAUGCCUCCCCCCACCCUGACAUAUAUUGUGCCUUAUUUAUGCUGCAAAUACAACAUUAAACUAUCAAGAGAAUCA